UAAUGACAAUUUACUUGAUUCAUGGCUCAGUGUAGCACAUUCUGCUCACAACUGAAAGAUCUGGGUUCAGUUCUGGGUCUUUUAGUUGUUAGUCUUAAGCAUUGCAUAGAAAAUUAUAAAUUGGUAAAUAUUAAAAAAAUGAACAUGAAUACAUCUGUAAGAUAUAUUUUCUAAAUGUGUUUCCAGAAGUAUUGGGGGUAUGCUGAACUCGGGUCAUGGUGGUACCAUCUACCUGGGAGUUGCUGACAAUGGUCAGGUCAAGGGCAUGACCCUAACCAGGUACCAGAAAGAUCAUAUUGAAGUAUCUCUGAGCUGGACCCUGGGGAGAUACACACCACCUGUUCCAGAGUCCCGUUACUCUGUGAUCUUCGUGCCUGUCAUCUCUAACAAGAAUCAGACACUUCCUCAGAAAAUUGAUGAAUUUGUAGAUCCUAAGAGACGCAGUCAGUUGCACCACGUUGCUCAGUCCAACUACUGCUGGUGUGACACUGAUGCUAAGGCACGGAAAGAUAUA